GCUGAAUCAGAUUCCCUUUGGAUCCUGAAGCCUUUUUGAAAGGGGGUAGGUGGAGUUUCUGCUCUCUCCCGUCCUCAGACCUGAGUUUGGUCACAGCAGUUGGGUGUUGCCACUUUCCGGUCUCCUUGCUGGCGAGUCCACUGGUCCUGGUCCCCCUUUUCCCCAAACUGACACUUUUUUUAAGCAAGUUUCAAGCUAAUUCAAAGGGAAAGAUCUCGUCAUUGUCGAAACCCUGCAAUGGAUCAGCACAAGUAUCGUACGGCGGGCGUCCAGGAGAAGCUGGAGAUCAUUGGCGUAGAGGACGAGUCCGGGAACCCCAUCAGCGCCCUGACCAUCCUGUCUCUGCUGGAGCGCGUGGCCGGCAUCAUCGACAACGUGCAGACCUGCCAGCAGCGCAUGGAAGAGCGCCAGCUGGACCUGGAGACCAACAUCAAGACCAUCCAGGGCGACGUCAUGAAGCUGGCCAAGGACCACACGGACACCAGCGGCACGGUGGAGAAGCUCCUGCAGAAGACUCGCAAGGUCAGCGCCAACGUCAAGGAGGUCCGGACCCGCGUGGAGAAACAAAACGUCCGCGUGAAGAAGGUGGAGACCACGCAGGAUGAGCUGCUCACCCGCAACAAGUUCCGCGUCGUCAUCUACCAGGGUGAGACCGAGAUCCCAUCUGUGGCCGUCACUAAGUCCUCCAAAGGAUGCGGCCUGGACGGGGUGGAGAUUGAACCCGACUCCUACGACGUCCCUGCAGACCUCUCCUCCGACGAGGAGUACCUGAGCGUGGAGGAGGCCGACCCCUCGCGAGCCGCCCGCAUCAAGAAGUCCGUCGUGAAGAGCACGGAGAGCCUGAAGGCUGCCUUCUCCAAGGAGAACAUGAGCAAAACCAGAGGCAACCUGGGCGCCAAGUUCCACAACCUGGGCGAGAAGGUCUUGCCCAACGAGCGGAGGGACAAGAUGCACCAGGCCGGCGAGCGCCUGAAGCAGUCCGGCGAGCGCCUGAAGGACAACAUCGCCAAGAAAGCCCCGACCAGAGAGACCUUCCGCAUCAAGCUGAAGAAGGAGAGAGCCGUCGCCGAGGGCCAGGAGGGCGCCGAGGCCGGAGCCGAGGCCCAGGCCGAGCUCCGCGUCGACGCCCCGGCCGAGGAGAAGCCGCUGGCCUACACCGAGGUCGCAAUGGAAACCAAGAGAGAAGGGCCGGUGGAGGAAGUCGGCACCAAGCGGAUAGAAGACUAGAUCAGAAGUAGAUCAGACGUCAGAUUAGACGUGAAGAAGAGGCGGGGUAGCCGCGGGAGAGCUCGUAAUGCCGAGGAUUCGGACAGGGAGGUUCUGUGAUUGGUCAACAUUGACGGACAUUUUUUUAUUUUUAUUCGCUAGGGUUUAGUCAAACGGAAGAAUCGGUUCUGACGCCAAAAACUCAUCCGAACUGGUUAUUUAUCAAGUCUAUUUCAGGGUGUUGAAUCAAGUCACUCUGUCAGAUCUGUUGUAUCAUUAACACAACUCGACACGCAUGAAUCUUUAUUUAAAAUGCACUAAAGAAACGAACAGUUUUAGAAUUUGUUGACUAAUCUGUGAGUCCAAAAGUUUCAGAGAUUGUUAAAGGGGUUGUGUUGGGAUUGGUCACCAUGGUGACACCAGAUGGCUUGAAGGAAACGGUUGAUAAAGGAUGAUGAAUGUUGAUCUGAAGUUUGUGAAUUGAUCUUUUAUCUGGAUGUACAUAUGAUGUGGUGCAUACAUAACACUGGGGAGUCGAAAUCUGGUGAGUGCGGGACUCAGCUGAGUAAUUAAUCAUGAAUAAGCAUAAAAAAAUUACUCAAACUAACGAAAUCUUAGUAGACUAAACUUAAAACCACAGAUUAGUCGACUUAUCAACUCAGAGGAGACAGGCCAAUCACCACAGCUGGUCGGUCUGACCUCAUGCUGCCUGAGCUCAUUAUUAUUCAUGGGCUGGGUAAAGGAUGCUCUCAUUGGCUAGCUGUUAGCCAAUCAGAGUCAAGAGGUUGAAUAUUAAUGAGAACUGGCCCAAAUGGAGCUGCAGACCCUCCACGGCCCAAUCCCAAAGGGAGCCCUGAGGACUAAAGACUCCCAGACUUAGUUGAUCUCAGGUGCCAAGUGAGUGAGCGUGUGAGGUCACAUGGGCUCAGCCAAUCAGAGUCAAGCAGCUUAGCUGGUUGAAUAAUAAUGAGAACUGGCACAUAUCUUCCUGCAGGCUUUGUACACCGCGCUAAGAAUGGCUUGAAACAAGGUAACCAAGGAGUUUUUUCCACAAAAACUGUUAGAGUCCGUGUUAGAACUUCAGACAUUACCAUUUACAAAGUAAUUAAAAAAGAGUGGCAGGGCACCUUUAAUAUUUAACAAUAAAACAAAACAGCUGAUUGAGGACCUGUGUUGUUGUUUCGGCCUGUACUUUAUAAGCAGCACCAGACGUUGAUCAUUCUGUUUUUGUAUAAAUAAAGUUCUCAUGAAACC